AUGGCUAGCGAGAAAAAGAUAACCGUGAAGCUGCUGGUGGACAAGGAGAAGAGCCGGGUGGUAUUUGCCGAAUCCGACAAGGACUUCGUGGAUAUUUUAUUCAGCUUCCUCACCCUUCCCUUGGGCACCGUCACCCGAGUCCUCCGCAAGCAAUCAUUUCUGGGAUGCCUCGAUGGCUUAUACGAGACCGUGGAGAAUCUCGACGCCCGGUACCUGCAGACCGAGGCAUGCAAGACAAUGCUGCUGCAACCGAUCAGUGCAGCAGCACUGCGUUGCGAGGAUUUGGUGCUGAGCGUGGACGACACAAAGCCACGAGAAUUCUAUACGUGCUCCUCAUUCGACUGCUGCAACAGAACUACGCGUUACUAUAGCUCCGUUCCGAAGGCUCGGUGCACUUGCGGAAAAACUAUGCACCAUGUUGGAGAACGGAUGAAAACCGGUACAACCAGUGAAGAUGGUGUUUUUGUAAAGGGGGGAAUGAGAUUUAUAAUCUGUGACGACUUGCAAGUAAUGCCGGCUUCUGUGGCUGUUUUCAUCUCUCUGAUUGAUAAGCUAGGGAUACAUGAUACAACCAUGCUUGAUGAAAGGAAUCUUGAUCUUGGUGUUGAAGAGGUCAAGACUUUGCUUAGUAAGUCGUUGAUCUCCAAGACGCCCUUAACUGACCUGUAUUUCGACAAGUUGAAUGAAGCAACAGAUCAGGAAGCAGAUGACGAAGACUUGUUAGUUCAACCAAAAGAUGAAAGAAACGCUGUUGCGGAGUCUACAAAAGAAAUAAAGGUGAAGCUGCUACUAGAAGGCACCCACAACAAGGUGGUGUACCUUGAGGUAGAGGAAGACUUCGUGGACCUUCUAUUCAGCUUCCUCACCUUCCCACUUGCGUCUGUGGUCAAGCUCCUCCAUGGGCAUUCAUCCAUUGGAUCUGUUGAUAAUUUGUACAAGAGUGCUGAAGAUCUUGGCAAGUUAGGCAACAAAUACAUCAAGUCAGAGGAUUGCAAUAAGAUAUUAUUGUCUCCCAAGCUGGCUCCCUUCUUUGGUUGCAGCCAGAAUAUGCUUAAAAUUGAUGAGCAGCUAUCUGAACGCUAUCACGGCUAUAUGGAAGUAAAUCCGAAGUUUCCUGUUGGACGGACAGACACAGGUGGAGGGUAUGCAAAAGGACCAGGGAAGUUCUUGGUGAUGGACGGGUUGCGUGUGGCUCCAGUCUCUCUUCUUUCCGCUGUCCAAGACCUCAAUGAGAAGAAGGUCCCCAUUAACAGUCUCGUGGAGAGGGAGAUUGAGUUUGGCGAGGCCCAGGCUUUGAAUUUGUUGAAAACUGCAUUACUUUCUCGUAAUGCACUAAGUGCCGUCUUCUCUCCUAAUAAAGUGCGGAAGAGACGAACUUAUCGGGGUUGA